AUGUUAGAAGACAUGAUCAAAGAAUCCAAAAUAGGCAGGCGCUGGAUCGAAGCCAUCCUACACCAACUCGACGAAAUCCUUAUUAGCAACAACCGCAAGGCCAGGGCCAGUUAUAGGGUGCUAGGCAAUUGUGAAGAACAACGGGACGAACUCCGUGCUUUACAGGAGCACGUGGGAGACCUUCAUAACGAUAUGGGGGCUCUGAAAGAAUGA